UCAGUUACAGACGUAUUAAACUGAUAAGAACAGACAUGGAGAAGAACAGUUCUUGGCCAAGUUGCGGGAUAUGUGCCUUGAUGAUCGUGCUUCUCGCUGUGUUUUCGGUCUCCUCCGGGAUGGCCCAGGUUAGCCAGUCGUGCCUGAACAACCUUGGCCCAUGUCUGAACAACCUCAACUGGACGAAUCAGCCUGACAUCUGCUGCGAACCCCUCAAGGAGCUGAUAAAUAUGGGCUCCGAGUGCCUGUGCAGCCUGAUAAGCAAUCAGGGCGCGAUGCAAGAGCAGUUCAUGGGCAUCAACGUGACCCAGUUGGCUCAGGAACUUACAGGAAGGUGUGGGCAAAGCGUUAACCCGCUCGCUUGCCUAACAAGAAGUUCUACUAGUUCGGGAAACUCGAAUCAGCAGGAAUCAUCUGGAGUCGACCUUCGAUACCCACCUCUGAUCAAAGUGAUGAUGGCUUUUGCUCUCUCGACGACUAUUUGGAUAUUGUGGCAAUAGAAACUAGAUCCGACCCUUUGCUUUUACUGAAAUAAACGGACAUUACCAUUG